AGCGGUCAUAUAUACAUUCCUGAUCUAUAAGGAGAAAUUGCUCAUUUUUACCGACAAAAAAACCCAUCUAAAAUCCAUGUUCACGAUUGUAGAGAAAACUGAAAGAAAAUGGAUCUUUUGUUCAUCGUUGUGACAUACUGCAGUACAGUAACAGCCUUGCAUCCCAAAUUCAAUUAUUAUGCACAACAAAUACAUCGAAGACACAAAAGGGCGUUUGUAGAGAAAGCUGAUUGCCAGAAAAUGAUAGAGAAGAACGGAAUGGAUAUGAUAAAUUAUGGAAUAGAGGUUUUGUCAAAUGGGACUGAGAAAUAUGAAGGUCGCUUUUUUGAAUCCCUGCAAAGUGUUUUCAUGCUUUUACAAAAGAAAAGAAAUGAUACAAAAUGGACGAUAGCAGAGUCACUUCGGAAUCAGUAUCGUACAUCUUACAAUACCCUCCGUCGAUCACGUGAUCAACUGGAAUCCAGUCUUAUCCAACUGUACACAGCUGAUGAAAUUUACAAUGAUCUAUCGGGAGCACUUGGUCAACAUGACUGUACAACAAAAGCGUUAUCUCCAAAAGACAGAGCAUUAGCACCUUACGCGACCGCCCUGUUUGCCACAAUGUUGUACUGGGGAGAUUUGAUGACAACAGGAAAAACGACAUACCGAGGGAUAGGCAACAUAAGUGGAGAUAUGACAACUGUUUUGAAAGCUUACCAAAAAGGGGAAAGCAUAGUUCUGCCGCAGUUCACAUCAUCAUCAGAGCUUCGAGAAGUAGCGAUGGAAACAUUUCUUGCGCCUAAUACUGACAAAAAUAUUUUUUUAAUAAUUGACAAUUCACAGGCUAGUGAAUGGAGACCAAAAGGUAUUAGUCAGUAUUCAUAUUAUGAUGAAAGAGAGUUCCUUUUCCCACCAGCUGCAAAGUUCAAAGUUCUUUCUGAUCCCGUUAAGAAGACAGUAAAGAUUGGUCAAAAUAGUGGAAAUCAGCGAACAUUUUACGAAAUAAAGUUAAGACUUAAGGGAAUCAGUUUAAAACAUAAAAUAAGAAAAAAACUUCGAAAGAUCUGUCCAUGGAUUAAAGAAAAAUGAAGUAUGUUGAACCAUAUACUACCUAAAUUAACUUUGUGUACUUGGCUCAUUGUGUUAGAUUUUGUUUACUUUAAAGAUAAACCCGCCUGUGUGUGCAUGUGUAAGAUAGUCUUUACCUCAAGAUAAAUCUGUCUGUCUCUGUGUGUGUGAAGAACAUCAUAUAUACAUGUACUACUCAAAGUUUUAUAAUCUGCAGUGACUAUUUUAUCUAUACCUUAAUAAA